AUGGCUGUCUCCGUCCUGGGGAAGCGCCAACGAAGUGCCAUCGAGGCAGAAGUGUCGACGUUGCCGGUGCGUAGUUCAAGCAGACGCCGAACACAACCGCCACGCAUUCUCCAACAAGACAACGAGCCUUCUGUAUCCUCAACACGACAACUGAGAUCAAGGACAAGAAACACCACUCUUAGAAAAGAAGAGAGCGAGUUGGAAACCAAGAGCGCUCCUUCUGGGGCCCCGAAAAUCAAACAUGUUGUUCGCAUCACUCAAAUUACGUCCCCUUCGAAGACAAAUCCUCAACCUCGAAAUUCGGAAUUGGUCAACGACGAAAAUACGCAACCUGUCGAAUUUAAGACGCCUUCCAAAUCUAGAUAUCGAGAUGCCCUCGACUCGCCGCCAAUUACUCCAAAGCACAGAGUACAGGUUGGAGGUAGUAAAGCGUUGACUCCCCGCACACCCCGGCAGAUCUCGACACCGACGACCGCUCAAACAAUCUAUACAAACGCGAGGCAGUUGUUUGCGCGAGGUGCAAGUUCGGGUCGAUUGAUCGGGCGAGACUCGGAACGGGAAAAGUUGAAGUCUUUCAUAAAGGAGGGCAUCGCCUCACGAACGGGCGGCUGCUUGUAUGUCAGUGGGCCUCCAGGAACCGGCAAAAGCGCCAUGGUUCACGAAGUGUGCCACGAAAUGGAUCUUAGCAGCCUCAAGCUUGCACACGUCAAUUGUGCCAGUAUGCGGUGUGCUCGUGACGUGUACGGGAAGCUCAUCGAAGAUCUCGGUGAUGACGGCCAAGUCUUCAAGAAGAGUGAAGCUGAUCGACUAAAGGCUUUGUUUCUCCCUGAUAAGAAGAAGGACGAUCUUUUCCUGGUUACCCUUGAUGAAAUAGACCAUCUUCUCACAGCAGAUGCUGGGGUUUUGCAGUCCUUAUUUGAAUGGUCUUUACAUGGCAAAUCAUGUCUUAUGCUCGUUGGGAUCGCCAACGCACUUGAUUUGACGGAUCGUUCGUUACCGCAACUGAAAGCAAAGAACUUGAAGCCUCGUUUACUCCCAUUCUUACCCUACAACGCUGGGCAAAUUGCAAACGUGAUCUCCAAUCGUCUCAGGUCUUUGAUCCCUGCGGACCUGAACCCGGAGCCCAAUUUUGUCCCCUUUGUCCAGCCCAAUGCGAUUCAACUGUGUGCGAAGAAAGUGGCAUCGCAGACAGGUGAUUUGCGAAAAGCGUUCGAGCUUGUCAAGCGUGCCAUUGAUCUCAUCGAACAAGAAACUCUUCAGAAACUGGAAAAACAGAAGUCAAACACUCACAGCCCUUCCAAAACGAUUCUGGUAGAAAACAAUAACCUUUCGUCUCCUGCCAGAACUGCAGCAUGUAAGCAACAACCCACACACGGCUAUACGACUCUCACGGCACCGCGUGCCAGCAUUGCACAUGUGGCUCGCAUUACCUCAGCUGCCUUUGGACAAGGGACCGUCCAAAGACUCCAGGCCCUCAAUCUCCAGCAGAAAGCAGCUCUUUGCGCUUUGAUUGCUCUCGAUCGGAAACGGCGUGAUGGUGAAAUCUUUGGCACAACAUCCAAGUCCAAGAUCUCGGCUCCUACGAUCAAGCAAGUUUUCGACACCUAUUGCACAUUAUGCCGGGCGGACAACAUUCUCCAUCCCCUCACGGCUACCGAAUUCAAGGAUGUCAUCAGUAACCUGGAAACUUUGGGUCUGGUGGGCGAAUUCCAAGGCCGAGGCCGGGGUGGAACAGUUGCUGGCGGCUCCGACAUCAGACGCACUCCUUCGAAGUCGAUGGGCGGCCCAAUGACUCCAAGGAAAGGAAUGGAUGAACAGGGCCUUGUGUGCUUUGUCUCACAGAAGGAAAUCGAGAGCCAAAUUGACGGCCCAGGAGAGGGCAUUCUCAAGAGACUACUGAUGGGUCAGGGACUAUGA